UUCUCUGUCCCUCUGUUGUCCGUGGCCGCCAUCUUGAAUUUUAAUGUUAAUUUCUUUUAAAAAAUGUGUUUCCUGUGUUAUUUUCUUUUAGGGUAUCGUGCUACAUUUGGAUUAGUUUAAAGAAGAGCUGUUUUGUUACGCGACGGUUUAGCGUUUUAAGAUUGUUUCAAAGUCUUGUCCCCAGUCUUCCCCACUCAAGAGUGUUGCUUCAUCUCAGAGACUAAAUGCAACUGGACCAGGGGUCUUGUGGGCAUGAAGUGGCUGGGCGAAUCCAAGAACAUGGUAUUAAAUGGCAGACGACAUGGAAACAAGUUGACUGGCGAGCAGACUGUGAGCCCGAGCCAGACUCGCUCUCAGCAUCCACAACGUGCAUCUCUGCGCCACAGCAAGAGCCACACCAGAAACCGAAGAUGUAGCCGCAGAUUUAAUGCAGCCAGUCUGGAGGCAGAAAGGCGCUAUGUACCCUCCUCUGGAAUGACUGCCAAGGAGUUGUGUGAGAAUGACGAUCUAACCACGAGCCUCAUACUGGAUCCAUAUCUGGGCUUUCAGACACACAAAAUGAACACCAGAUUUCGACCUAUUAAGGGAAGGCAAGAAGAGCUGAAAGAGAUAAUUGAGCGCUUCAAGAAACACGACAACUUGGAAAAAGCUUUCAAAGCUUUGACAUCAGGAGACUGGGCUCGAAAUAUAUUUCUCCACAAGACGAAGGCUCAAGAAAAGCUCUUCAAGCAGCAUGUGUUUGUUUAUCUGCGCAUGUUUGCUACAGACAGUGGGUUUGAGAUUCUCCCUUGUAACCGUUACUCAUCUGAGCAAAAUGGAGCUAAAAUUGUGGCAACAAAGGAAUGGAAAAGAAACGAUAAGAUUGAGUACUUGGUUGGGUGCAUUGCUGAGCUCUCAGAGAGCGAGGAGAACUUACUGCUGCGGCAUGGAGAGAAUGACUUCAGUGUCAUGUAUUCGACCCGCAAGAACUGUGCGCAGCUGUGGCUUGGACCAGCUGCAUUCAUCAAUCAUGAUUGUCGGCCAAACUGCAAGUUUGUGUCAACAGGUCGGGACACAGCUUGUGUGAAAGUUUUAAGGGACAUUGAGCCAGGAGAAGAAAUCUCGUGCUACUAUGGAGAUGGUUUUUUUGGGGAAAACAAUGAAUUUUGUGAAUGCUAUACGUGUGAAAGACGAGGUACUGGUGCUUUCAAAUCCAAAGCUGGACUGCCAGUGGAAGUACCGGUGAUCAACAGCAAGUAUGGAUUGCGUGAGACAGACAAGCGCCUCAACAGGCUGAAGAAGCUAGGGGAGGGAAAUAGGACCUCAGACAGUCACUCUGUAGGCUCGCACACCGAUGUAGACUCUCAGGAAAUGCCAAAAACACAUCAAUCUGCCAGAAAAAGAACAUCAUCAUCGUCAUCAUCAUCUGGCCUGAAGUAUAAAAACAGGACUCAAACCAGACAGACUUUGUCAAGAGCCCUUACUACCUCAUGUUCAAAACAAGGUCGCGCAAACAAUAACAGGGUACCAAAGAGACUAAGAUCCCAAUCUAAGCCUUCGCUAAGUAAAGUCCAGUUGCGAAGUCGGAAAAGGGGUGCAGAGCCCAAGGCACUGGCCAAACAAGAGACCUGCCAGUUGGGUCUCACGGACUCAAAGAUGUCGCUGUGUAAAGGCGUCACUGUAAAGAAGGAGAAGGAUGGGCAGGAGCUAGUGCAGCAGACACUGGGCCAGCAAGGCUAUCUGACACGUCAUACUGCCAAGGAAAAUGGCCACCUCCCAGCUGUGCAGAGCAGCGAAGGCAGCCAGUGUUCGAUGUACAGAACUCGCAGGUCCACAAGGACCCUUGUAAAGGCUCGGGAAACAGCAUCUGGUGUUAAGCUAGAGCCCAGCGCCAUGGAUGGUUUGAGUCCAGUCCCUGGUGGGGUGGUCAUCAAAACAGAGCCAGCUGACAUGGAGGAGUACCUCCACCACGGAGUUGAGCUAGAACAUCCAUCAUUAGAUGCUGGCUAUGCCAGAAGACGCUCAAGCACCAGGCAGAAACGGCCAGCACGGAUCAGGGCCGAGCGGACAAUUAAAUGCGAAGACACAUAUGGGGAGUCCUUCAUGCAAGUGGUUGGCAGCCAUGCUGCAGAGUUCUCAGAUUGUGGAAAUAUGCUUUUGAGCUUUGCUGACCAACAUAGAGACUACAAUUGCGUCACCCAUGGCAGCAAAUCUUUCCACCGGGACAAGGGAAAGGGUAGUUGCCGGUCUCAGGACAAGGGGAAGAAGAAGCGUCGGAUCACAAGAUACGAUGCUCAGUUGAUCCUAGAGAAUAACACAGGCAUCCCCAAACUGACGCUCCGCCGGCGGAGGGAUAGCAGCAGUAGCAAGACCACUGACCCCAACGAUCCUGUUGGCUCCUCCCAUCUUUCGGCAUCUACGGUCAAUUCACCUUCUUCGAGCAAAAUUAGCAUAAAGUUCAGCAAGGAUCAUGACAAGGAUAAAGGCAGCUCCUACAUCGCCAAACUGAAUAACGGUUUUGCCCCUGUGGUCCACAGCAAUUCCACCAAGCUGAACAUCCAGUUGAAGCGGGAGGAUGAUGCACGAAGACUAUCACAGACAAAGGUGGACCAGAUUUCCUUUAAUGGAGACAUGAGUCAAGGUCUAGAGACCAGGAAUGGUGGACAUCUGACCCAAAAGGUCCUGGCAGACCCUUCGUCUGAUGAUGAGGACAAGGAAGUGGAGGAUGACGAUGACUACUUUGAUAAUGAGUUUGAAGACGAUUUCAUUCCACUUCCUCCAGCAAAGCGGCUCCGACUCAUUGUGGGUAAAGACUCCAUAGACAUUGAUAUCUCCUCCAGGAGGAGAGAGGAUCAGUCUCUGAGGCUCAAUGCAUAAGCGGUGGACUUUUCCCUGUAAAUAUAGACGACCUGCUAAUCAACUGUUGUGUUGAUGUAAAAGAAGUACAGUAAUUUAAAAAGAGAGAGAGAGAGAAAUUGAACAUUAUUAGAGGGUGCUGUUAACUUGAAACAAAUUUGUUGUUCACUCUGUCACUUUAUUUCAUAUAAAGACCAACCACCCAAAAUAUUGAUUAAUGGAAAUUUUACAAGUCCAUCCCGUGAUAGGAAUCUUUCUCAUUUUUGGGAAUGAUCUAGCUGGCUCCUAAGUGAAAACAGAAUUUGUUUUAAGCUAAACUAUUCCUUUAAGUAAAUGCACUUGUUUAUUCAUAAUGGACGUGGAUAUUGUAGAAAGUGUACAGUAUGGUGAUUAUUCCUCUCUGUCUCAUAGGCAGGUAUUUUACUGAACUUUUGGUUUUUGUCUCUAGUUGGUAAGUUUCAGUAGGCAAACUGCACUGAAUGAACAGUGUAGAGUGGUUGGUCCAGAGGCAUUGUAACAUCAUCCAGACAGUCCUUUAGGAUGCAGGUGCCAUGUUCUCAUUAUUCCAGUAGUUUUCCUGGGAAAGAAUGUCUUUUUUCAGAGUAUAAUUUAAGUUCAUCAUGUGUAUGUAUGUGUAGAAUUGAAUUAUGAUGUUAAAUUUGGGCUAUCAUGGGCUUACCCACAGGAACAGUUUUUAUAUAUGGUAUAUCAGGUAGGUAGAGCCUGAUCGAUCCUUAUACUAAAUCUUUGCUACCCAAAAAUUCGGUAUUGCAUGCUUAAAUAAAAAUAGCAAGUGAGUUGUAUUGGAAGAGGGACAUGCAUUAGUUUAAAGUGAAAAAUGAAUGAAACGUCAAACGUUCCUCUUGUGGUAAUAUGAUUACAGCUCCAAAAGUUAGUCAAUCUCUGUGGACUCCCAUGAUAAAAAGUGUUACACAGUUGAACAAUUACACAUUUUACAGCAGAGUUUUGGUAGCUACUUUGGGAGGUUAUUACUCCCUUCGUAACAACUGUGUGACUCUAGAUUUUGCUCAAGUCUUUAUCGACUUAAGAUUAUGCAUCACUUUUUGUAUAACUGAUAGUUAGUGCCACACGCUGUCUGCAGGAUGUCACCUCAGGUGAUUGAAGUCACAGAACUGGAUCUCUUGUCUGUGUUUUUUGUUGUCUGUUUUAGUACAAAAUGUUUUUUUGAGUGGUUAUUUUUCUGAGAAGUCUGUUCUCCAGGUUUAGGGUGUCAGAUUCCUGUGUUUUUGUGUUACUCAGUACUAAUUUGCAGGAACAGGUGCGAUUCACCUUUCUACCAAACAAAGCUAGCAUUAGCUGUUAACAUAGCACCCCAGCCACUCAUUGUCAUAUGGUCACUUCAAACAAACCAAAAAAAAAAAGUAAAGCAAGCCAUAAUGCAAAUGCUGAGGCUUUAAAUAAACUUUUAUAUUUUGUCUACAGUAAUUCACAAAGUAGUUAGGAACUUGCAGUGGAGGCACCCCACCAUUUUUCCCCCGCCAUGAUGCUACUUUGCUGCAAGUGAUAUGGACAGCAAGAGGAUCUUUUUUUUUUUUUUUUUUUUUUUUUUUAAAUUAAAAGGUAUUAAUAUUGAGGUUUCUCAAACAAUAUGUGUGGGUCUACAGAUAGAUCUGUGGUAGGCUUAUAUAUUGGUCAGGCUCUGUUAUGUGUUGGAAACAACUGACAGAGUAAACAAGUAAUCCAGCUUUAGCAGCAAGGAACGUGUGUUUUUCAUUGUUCAGACAUUGAGCACAUUUCUUUGUGGUAAAUCCCUGUAGCUUGUUCAGUGAUGUAAAUACACACUUUAAGCAGCAUAAUUUAAAAAACAACAACAUCAAAAACAAUUUUAUAAUCCAGCAUACAUAAAAUUGUAUUCUUCAAAGUUUUUCAUUUCUGGAGCUACUCUGUAAUGGUAACAUGGCACAUGUGGUAGUUCAAGGUCAUUCAGAUCCACUUUUAAAGGCUACCAGUAUAUGCUUUUGAAAUUCGAAAUGUUAAAAGUAAUGUACAGAAUGACUGGCUUCCGUGUCAUCGUUGAAUGAUGUUUUUCUCCACGCUCACUCUUCACUGUGAGAGUUUCUAAAAUCAGAAGUGAUGUCUGUUGACACUAGACUUUGCAGAGGAACCUUUCACUGUUUCAAAUGUUCUUGAACUUUUGAAUCUUGUACUGAGGCUUUCUUUUUUUCUGUUUUUUUCCCAAUAUACAUUCUGUGGUGCUACUUUUAUUUCCUUCCUACCUGUUUGAUUUUCUCUUCCAUGUACGAAUGGCAGCAUUAACCUAGAAUUUAGAAAUACAGUGUAUCACUUAUAUGUUUAGUCACUUGUUGUUUUUUUAGUUUCCUUUACAGGAGCGCAUAUACUUUCCAACAGCAUUAGGUGCCUUAAAGAGCAUUUUGACAAAAUUUCUCACAUAGCUAAUCAUGAAAGAGUAAAUGCUAAGCCAUCUGUUUUUCCCAGAGAAACACUUCAUCAAAAGCCCACCGUCAGUCCUUCUGUAUAUUAUUUUCUUAUUGUGUGGAUGUAAAUGAACAGCCCAAGGGAUCAAGACUGAGACUCAAUGUUAAUCUUAUUUCCUGUGUUUAAUAUGUACUGUUGACAUCACCAGCAGCUAAUCACCAUUUUGACCAUGCUCAGUGUGGCCCCAAUAUCCCCUCCUUUGGACUUGUCCAUCCCACACUGUAAACUCUUCCAGGUGUUACCAUCUGUGUGGUCCUUGUCCAAUAGAAAGCUGUCACAAUAACCAGCUCACUCAAAAAGUAAAAAGAAAAACAUCUAAACAAAUGUGAAUAAUUUGCGGAAAUUUUUAGCGUGUUGCGUGGGUAGUGGGAAUCAUGUAAAGACAAAUAAAAAUGGGCAGUGCAUAUAUUGUCCAAUAUGUAAAUCA